CGGAAUUAUGAGUUGGGUGUUGUGAGGCACUUCCGGUUUUAGGGGCACUUGUCACACGUGAAUGUGUUUGAGAUGGAGAAUGCUGUCAAAAAAGGAGACACUAAAGAAAACAGAAAACUGUGUUAUAGUUCAAGGGAUGCUUAUUGGAAAUGUCUGGACAGAACAAGUGAAAAACUAGGUGAAUCAAAAUGCAAACAUCUAAGGGAAGAUUACGAGAACUUUUGUCAUCCUUCAUGGGUCAUGCAUUUUGAUAAUCUACGAUUGAAUGAAUUAGCAACAAGAAAAUAUGCCAUGUUUGAUCCUGUGGACGAUCUUCCUCCAGUGAGACAGAGUCCUGAAGUUGAAGCCAAAAUGAAAACAACAUUCAUCCCAUUUGAUUAAUUAUGAUAUGUAUUAUUAGUCGUUGAUUUUUAUUGUGUUUAUUUUAUACAAAUAUAUUAAAAAAGAACAAAUUGACAUUUCCAUUUUUGAUUUU